UAUAUAACAUAAUUGAUAAAAGAAGAGAGAAUCAUGAGAUCCCUCUCCACUGAAUCGUUGUACCAUACAUUCCAAAAAUUAAUGAAAGUGUUAUUUUUAUGGGGCACGUGUGGGACAUUUGAGUUUCUGGUAGUGAACUUUGGGUUAUGAUAAAUUAGCCAAUGGAUAUAAUAUUUGCUACUUUAAUCAUUAGGUUGAAUGAUGAACUGGUAAUGGUGACAGAAGAAAAACCUUGUAAUCAUGAAACCCGCCGCUCCUGAAAUCCCAUUUCCUUCUCUUUUAUGCAUGAAAGAAAUAUGUAAAUCAACCCACAUGCAUUCUUUCUUUCAUCCCCUUCACAUUAUUCUUCUUCCAGUAAAGAACUAUGUAAAUCACCCUCUGUUAAAUACUCACUGUUUCUUCUUCCCACUUCAGCUUUGGUGAUCUUUUGAUUCCACUUUCUCUGUUGCAACCAGAAAAACCCUAAAAAUAGAAGAAUCUUGGCUCGGCCAAAUUAAGUAGGAGUUGAGUGGAACAUGAGCUCAUGCAAUGCAAGGAGCACAGUGCAGAGGCUGGAGAACAUAGAUGAAAAUGGCCCUGCGAGUUGGAGUAAGUCAGAGUUUUGUGCAGCACCUGAAACCCCAGUUGAGCCCAUGGAGUUUCUUGCAAGAUCUUGGAGCCUCUCAGCUGUGGAGCUCUCUAAAGCUCUUUCAAAUUCCCACGUUUCUGAUCCCAAAAACCUUGACAUUGGGGCAGGGGAUGCCAGCUCCAUGGCUUCAAGAGAAUCUCUGCUUCAGCAGUUAACUACUGGGAGUAACCAUGCAAUCUCUCUGAGGGAUAGUGAAGAAAUGAAGGAAUUACUUUUACUACAUCAAGCACUUAAUCCAGAACUCCUUCCCAAUCAGCAACUGCUCAAAAAUGGGCUCUACAGGAGCAUACUGGGAGGGAGAACAAAGGGGAGAUCUCUGAAGGAUCAGAAGGAAAAGAAGAAGCAGGAGAUGAGAGCUCACAAUGCCCAAUUGCUUGCAGCUGUAUCUGUGGCUGGGGUUGCUGCAGCAGUUGCAGCACUUGCUGCCUCAAAUGCAAUGUCAGCAGAAAUGACAGCUUCCCACCAGAAGACACUUUCCAAAAUGCCAACUGCAAUUGCAUCUGCUACAGCGCUUGUAGCAUCUCAUUGCAUUGAGAUUGCAGAGGAUAUGGGAGCUGAUCAUCAUCAGAUCUUAAAAGUUGUCAACUCUGCAAUCAAUGCAAGAACUAGUGGAGAUAUCAUGACCCUAACAACUGGAACAACAACAGCAUUGGGAGGAGCUGCCACCUUAAAGUCAAGGCUGCAAAAUGUGUAUGGGAUUACAACCUCUAAUCUAGUCAAAGAAAAGGAAGAAGAGGAUAGUGAACCAAACAUGUCAAAAGCAUUGAACUAUGUCUCUGUAGGUGGUGAACUUCUCAAACGUACAAGGAAAGGAGAUCUUCACUGGAAGCAAGUAUCAUUCAACAUUAAUUCAAAUUGGCAGUUGGUAGCUAAAAUGAAAAGCAAGCACAUAGCAGGAACAUUCACCAAAAAGAAGAAGUGUGUAGUUUCUGGAGUCUACUGUGACAUCCCAGCAUGGUCUGGAACGGAGAAAGAACAGAGCAAUGAACAGAGAGCAUACUUCGGGAUAAAACAGUAGAGAGAAUAUAGAAUUUGAAUGCAAAA